AACCUCAACCCCAUGCAUGCAAUCUCUCUCUCUCUCUCUAUAUAUAUAUAUAUCUCCAUGCGUCUACAGAUAGAGGGAGUCUCUCGACUCUCUCCACGAGGCUUUCUUGUAUCUUCUUUAUCCUCUUCUGUGUAAUAUACUGAGACAAAAAAAAAAGGAGACCCUUGUUCACCUGUGGGGAAGAAGAUUAACAAUGGCGAUUACGAAGGAAAAUGGAGAAUCUUCACACAGGUUCCAAGUUCAAGAUCAAGAACGAAGUUCUUUGUUUCUUCUGAAUGCUCUCUACUGCGAGGAAGGGACAUGUGGAUAUGGAGAAGAAGAAGAAGGAGAAGUCGAAGGGAUCUCAGAGAACCCUUCUUCUUCUUCUUCAUCUUCUUCCCCUUCUUUUUCUUCUCCGUCCGUUGUUCUUGACCAAGAUUUGUUCUGGGAAGACGAAGAACUCGUCUCUCUGUUCGCCAAAGAACAUGAACAAGGACAUGAAAUCAGUUGUCUUGACGAUGUUUACCUCUCCUCGGACCGUAAAAAGGCCGUGGAUUGGAUUCUGAGAGUGAACUCCCAUUACGGGUUUUCCACCUUGACCGCAGCGUUAGCCAUAAAUUAUCUAGACAGGUUCGUCUGCAACUUCAGCUUACAGGGAGACAAGCCAUGGAUGCUUCAGCUUGUUGCUGUCACUUGUCUCUCUCUUGCUGCAAAAGUCGAAGGAACCCAAGCUCCUCUUCUCAUAAACCUCCAAGUGGAGGAGACAGAAUAUGUGUUCCAGGCAAAGACCAUACAGAGAAUGGAGCUCUUGGUUCUGUCUACUCUUCAAUGGAAGAUGCAUCGGAUUACUCCGAUUUCGUUUCUCGACCACAUCCUAAAGGGACUGGGGCUGAAGAACAAUUUCCACUGGGACUUCGUCAGGAGAUGCGAGCAUCUUCUUCUCUCUGUAAUCUCCGAUUCAAGAUUUGUCGGCUAUCUCCCGUCCGUUAUAGCCGUAGCCACUAUGAUGCACGUUAUCGAGCAAGUUGGGCACUUUGACUCCAUAUCAUACCAAAACAAGCUCCUUGAGGUGGUCAAAUUAAGGAAGGAAAAGGUGACGGCUUGCCACAAUCUGAUCCUCGAACUCUCUUUGAAUAGCAACGAAAACCCAUUUCACCGGAAACGCAAGAUUCAGCAACCGAUGCCGAGUAGUCCCAAUUGCGUUAUCUAUUCGAAGCAUUUGAGCAGUGAGAGCUCCAACGAUUCCUGGUCCGCGAGUUCCUACUACUGCCAUUGCUGCAGAUCAUCGGUCUGUUAUUCGCCGCCACCAUCGCCAUUGAAGAAGCUCAGAGGAGCUUCGGAAAAGAAGAAGCCGAUGCUUCUUCCAUAGACCAUCGUCGAAAAAUAUAUAUUCAUGCUUCGGAGAAUAAGAAGUCCUUGAGAUCGAGAGCUCUAUUCUCGUUGAGCUUUAUUAUAAUCACUCAUGCGUUCCAAUAAGCUACUUUUGUAUAUUCGAUUAAAAUAAAAAUAUAUAUCUAUGCGUUC